AUGGAUCAACAUGAGGAUGAGUGCCGUAACGGAGGUGAAAGUAACAGCAAACAAGAUGAUGAGCAGGAAGCUGUUGCUCACCUUGAAGAAAUCAAGAAAUCAAUUGAGGCAAAAAUGGCUUUACGUCAAAGCAAUUUGAAUCCUGACAGGCCUGAUUCAGGAUUUUUUAGGACCUUGGAUUCCAGCAUUAAGCGCAACACUGCAGUUAUUAAGAAACUGAAGCAGAUUAAUGAAGAGCAGCGUGAAUCACUGAUGGAUGACUUGCGAAGUGUCAACUUAAGCAAAUUUGUUAGUGAAGCAGUGGCAGCUAUAUGUGAUGCAAGGCUUAGAAGUUCUGAUAUACAAGCAGCAGUUCAGAUAUGCUCUCUGCUUCAUCAAAGAUAUAAGGAUUUUGUGCCAACUCUGAUUCAAGGGCUUCUCAAAGUCUUCUCUCCUGGAAAGUCCGGUGAUGAAUCAGAUUCAGACAGAAACUUAAAGGCAAUGAAGAAGCGGAGCUCUCUGAAACUUCUAAUGGAGCUUUUUUUUGUUGGUGUUAUUGAAGAUGGUGGAAUUUUUAUCAAUAUCAUAAAAGAUCUUACCAGUGUGGAACAGCUGAAAGACCGGGAAGCUUUACAAACAAGUUUGACCCUUCUUUCCAGCUUUGCUCGGCAAGGAAGAAUUUUCCUAGGACUUUCUCUGAGUGGGCCAGAAAUUCAGGAAGAGUUUUUGAAAGGCCUUAACAUCACGGUAGAUCAAAAGAAAGUUAUCCGGAAAGCAUGUUUUUCAUUUUAUGAUGCUGCAGCUGAACUACUUCAGUCUGAGCAUUCCUCACUUCGAUUAAUGGAGCAUGAAAAUUCUAAGAUUUUGAAUGCAAAAGGAGAGCUAAGCGAUGAAAAUCUUUCUUCUUAUGAAAAACUUCGUAAAUCGUAUGACCAUUUGUACCGCAAUGUCUCAUCAUUAGCUGAAGCACUUGAUAUGCAGCCUCCUGUAAUGCCAGAGGAUGGCCACACAACACGGCUUACUAGUGGCGAAGAGGCGGUUUCUUCUGCUUCUGGGAAAGAUUCUUCUGUUGAACCCGUAUGGGAUGAUGAAGACACAAGGGCUUUUUAUGAAUGUUUUCCAGAUCUUAGAGCUUUUGUUCCUGCUGUGCUUUUGGGAGAAACAGAGCCAAAAGUCAAUGAGCAAUCUGUGAAGAGUCAAGACCAACCAACUGAAAUAUUACCUGAAUCAGACAAAAGCCAACUGAUCACCUUUGAAAGUGGAGAGGGCUCCACAGAGUCUAAUGUUUUACCAGAAGGAGAAAGCACUGAGAGAGUGGAUGAUAAAGAAGAAAAAGAAAAGUCUAAAGAUUUGGACAUAGACAAGGAAAAAGAAAAAGAGAAUGAAAAAAAAGGGGAGAAUGACAAAGAGAAACUCAGAAGUGUUGAAGGAACAAAUUUGGAUGCUCUAUUGCAGAGGCUUCCGGGUUGUGUGAGCCGGGACCUUAUAGAUCAAUUAACAGUAGAGUUCUGUUAUCUAAAUUCAAAAUCAAAUCGGAAAAAGCUUGUGAGGGCUUUGUUCAGUGUUCCAAGGACUUCUCUAGAGCUGCUAGCGUAUUACUCACGCAUGGUUGCUACACUCUCAACUUGUAUGAAGGAUGUCUCCUCUCUUCUAUUGCAGAUGUUGGAGGAGGAGUUCAACUUCUUAAUAAAUAAAAAGGACCAGAUGAAUAUUGAGACAAAGAUCAGGAAUAUCAGGUUCAUUGGAGAACUUUGCAAGUUCAAAGUUGCCCCUGCUGGCCUGGUCUUCAGUUGUUUGAAGGCCUGUUUAGAUGAUUUUAGUCAUCACAACAUUGAUGUAGCUUGCAACCUUCUUGAAACAUGUGGUCGUUUUCUGUAUCGUUCUCCAGAAACUAGUAUACGCAUGGGUAACAUGUUGGAGAUACUAAUGCGCUUGAAAAAUGUUAAAAACUUGGAUCCUAGACAUAGCACUUUGGUGGAGAAUGCAUACUACCUUUGCAAGCCACCUGAAAGGUCUGCACGAGUAGCUAAAGUCCGUCCUCCGUUGCAUCAGUAUAUCAGAAAAUUACUUUUCUCUGAUCUUGACAAGUCUACCAUUGAGCAUGUGCUGAGGCAGCUUCGUAAAUUACCAUGGAGUGAUUGUGAACCGUAUCUUUUAAAAUGCUUCAUGAAGGUUCACAAAGGAAAAUAUGGUCAGAUCCAUCUGAUUGCAUCUCUUGCUGCUGGGUUAAGUCGCUAUCAUGAUGAGUUUGCUGUGGCUAUAGUUGAUGAGGUUUUGGAGGAGAUUAGAGUUGGGCUGGAACUAAAUGACUAUGGGAUGCAACAAAGACGCGUUGCCAACAUGCGAUUUUUAGGGGAGCUUUACAACUACAAGCAUGCUGACUCAUCUGUUAUUUUUGAGACACUAUAUCUCAUUCUUAUAUAUGGCCAUGGAACAACAGAGCAAGAUGUACUCGAUCCACCUGAAGAUUUUUUCCGUAUAAGGUUGAUCAUUACUCUACUUGAAACUUGUGGCCAUUACUUUGAUCAUGGCUCUUCUAAGAAGAAACUUGAUCGGUUCCUAAUACACUUCCAAAGGUAUAUCUUAAGCAAAGGUGCACUGCCUCUGGAUGUCGAAUUUGACUUGCAGGAUCUGUUUGCGGACUUGCGUCCAAGUAUGGUUCGUUACAAUUCUGCUGAUGAGGUGAAUGCAGCUCUAGUGGAACUCGAGGAGCAUGAUCGAAUAGUUUCUGCUGAUAAGGCUAGUAGUGAAAAACAUUCUGACACUGAUAGGCCCUUAAGUAGGACCACUUCCACUGCUAUGGUUCGCAUUAAACAGAACAAUGAUAACGGCACUGAGGAAAAUGGAGUGCAAGAAAAUGUCAAUGACGGUGAGCAUGAUUCAGGAAGUGACGUAAAUGAUGUGGAAGGACAUGAUGAUGAAGAGUUGGAUGAGGAGAAUCAUGAUGAUGGGUGUGAGACUGAGGAUGACGAUGAAGAUGAGGACGGACCUGCUUCUGAUGAUGAAGAUGAAGUCCAUGUAAGACAGAAGGUAACAGAAGUCGACCCAUUGGAAGAAGCCAAUUUUGAUCAGGAGCUCAAGGCUGUCUUACAGGAGAGUAUGGAGCAGCGACGACUGGAGCUGCGGGGUCGUCCUACAUUGAAUAUGAUGAUUCCAAUGAAUGUAUUUGAAGGAUCUGCCAAGGAUCAUCACGGGAGAGGAACUGGUGGGGAAAGUGGCGAUGAAGCCUUAGAUGAUGAUACUGGCAUAAACAAAGAGGUUCAGGUGAAAGUUCUGGUGAAGCGUGGGAACAAACAACAAACAAAGCAGAUGUACAUCCCCAGUGAUUCCUCACUGGUGCAGAGUACGAAACAAAAAGAAGCAGCUGAGCUUCAGGAGAAAGAAGACAUUAAGAGGCUUAUCUUGGAGUAUAAUGAUAGAGAGGAGGAAGAGUUUAAUGGAUUAGGGGCCCAACCUACAAACUGGAUGCAAAGUGGAAGUAACAAAGCUGGUGGUCGUGGAAACUCUUUUGAAGGAACCAGUGGCAGGGGUGGUGGAUCAAGGCAUCGUCAUCAUAACUACUAUUCUGGUGGUGGGAUCUACUAUGGCAGAAGAAGGUGA